AUGCGUCCAAUCUCCAGAGCCGUCCUUCGACCGUAUGUGUGCCCAACCUGCCGGCAUGGAAUUACCGCCGGUCGGCGGCGAUUUGGGUCUAAAUCAGAUUCCCCUGAGCUCUACGAUGUGGUUUGUGUUGGAGGCGGGCCCGCAGGCCUAGGGCUAUUGGCCGCACUUCGGGCAUCACCUAUCACCUCAAAGCUCAAAGUCGCCCUCAUUGAGAGCCAAGAUCUUCGCAAAGCCAAAGCCUGGGACCUCGAACCGAACCAGUUCUCCAACAGAGUCAGCAGCUUGACCCCCUCGACCGUGUCAUUCCUGCGUAGCAUUGGCGCGUACGAUCAGCUCGAUGUCAAUCGCGUGCAAGAAUACCAAGACAUGCAGGUCUGGGACGGCCAAACCGGAUCCCGAAUAUCAUUCGAUUGGUCAAUGGAGACAUCCCCAUUCGAAGAAAUGCGCACCGUAGCAACAAUGACCGAGAACUCGAACCUGGUACGCGCUCUACUGCGCCGAAUCGCCGACUCAGGAGACGAGAACCUCUCCCUCUUCUCAAACUCCACAGUCGCCUCCAUCGAAAACGGCUCAGACCUCAAACCCGAAGGUCCGGAUCUCUCAGCCUGGCCAGUCCUCACCGUCAAGCCCACAGGCCCAGCCGCGGAAACAGAGACACCAAAGCGCAUUGCCGCCCGUCUCCUCGUCGGCGCAGACGGAAUCAACAGCCCCGUCCGCUCCUUCGCAGACAUCCCAACCCAAGGCUGGGACUACGGCCGCCACGGCAUCGUCGCAUCCCUCGCUCUCGCAGACCCAGCAACCCAGCCCUUCCCAGCCUCAAAGCGCACAGCCUACCAGCGCUUCCUCCCCGCACUCGGCGGACCAAUCGCCCUCCUCCCCCCUGCCAAAUAA